AUGGGUAGUAGAACAAGCAGCGGGAGCAGUAGCUCCAAGACCAACGAGGGUGUAACAACCAUCCACGACGUUUGGUACCAAUAUCUGCCAUUUCUAGGCUAUCAUCAUGUUUUGAUGAUUCUAAUAGCUGUCACAAUAAUCCUUUUAUCACUAUUAUUGGCCGGUUGUUCUUCAUCGUCACCGCUCAUCCCCGACAUUUUCCUCCUGUCCCUGUACUACAAGGAAUAUGAAGCCGUGCCAGACACAGCUCAAGUCCACUAUGGUGUACAUACAUAUCUGGAGAGCCUGACGAGAGGCGCUCAUCUUCAAGCCCGUGUCGGUUACUUCGGCAUCUGUAUCAAUCCUGAUGGCGGCUCCUGGCUAUGCAGUAACAAUGCCACAGCUCUCGCCAAGGAGGUUCAAAUCGAACAGGACCCCCUGAACCUGAUUUGGCUGGCAGCGCAAUUCAAGGAUAUGAUCGUGUUCCCGUACCUGAUUAUCAUUGCCAUUAUCUUCGCCUUUAUCUGCUUCAUCUUGCUCGCUACGUGGCCCGGAUGGCAUGAGGAGGAGGAUUCCGAAGGCUCAGAACGCGCCGUUAAGCCAUUCCCCUCCCGACCUGUCUCUCAAGUGGCCCUCGCCAUUAUCUUCGUCGCCUCCAUCUUUAUUCUGGUCUCCGUUUUGUGGCAGCAUACAGCUUCCGUCGCCGCCUCGGUUAUAGCCCAGGAUUUCGGAAACGGCGUUGUCAAGAGUGGUGUUGGAACCAGUGCCAUGGUCAUGGGCUGGUUCUCCUUCGCCCUGCUCAUCGUUGUCACGAUAGGUUUGCUUGUUAUGAUUAUUAGCAUGCAAUUCCUGAGCCAAAUGACGGCAUAG